UCCCUCCCUCCUUCCUAGGACUGUCCUCUCGCCGCAGCAAGGUCGCGCAGGCGCAGAGAGGCGCGGGGCCGAAGCAGUGUCCGAGAUCGGGCAUAACCAAGAUGUCGCGGGGUUCGGGGCUGCAGCCCAGAGACCUCCCCGAGGAGGUGAUCGGCUACACACCGGAGGAGAAGCUCCGGCGCCAGCAGCUGCGGGAGCUCCGGCGCCGCUGGCUCAAAGACCAGGAGCUGAGCCCCCGGGAACCGGUCCUUCCCCCGCGGAAGCUCGGCUUUGUGGAAGCUUUCUGGCAGCGCUUCCUUCAGCCCGAGAAGUUGUGGAAGAGACAGGUAUUCAAAAUCUACAAUGCUGGAAAAUUUACUAUAAUUAACCUUAUUAUUCCUCUGUGGAUUGCCCAUUAUCUUGUCAAAUAUCAUGCCCAGGUAUGUAUGUAUGUAUGUAUGUAUGUAUGUAUGUAUGUA